AUACUGUUAUGACUGAGAUUUAACUGUGAUAUAUUGGAACAAAGAAAUGGUUGAAGAUGCACAGAGAAUCUUGUCUUGAUGCAGGUGAUAAAAUUUUGCAUUAUUUGGUUCAGAUUUUCAAAUCCCAAACAAAUAAUAGUUCAUGGCUGAGGAAUUUCAGUAAAGGAACUCCAGUUUCAAAUUACAGAUAUCAGCAUUCAAAUAGGCACGGAUUAGCCACUAGAUCUGUAGUGGUGCCCAUUCAGAAUAUUGCGCAUUUUUUCUCUAAGGAUAAAUUUUGUAUGAAAACAGGAAACUUAAUUGUCAAAAUAUCCGCGAAAUUUGGUCUUCAGUGCUUUUCUUGUUGAAUUUGUUUUGCCAUUCCCUUGCCAAAUUUGUAAACAAAUAGUGAAGCAGGAAAGUAAUUAGGGAAAUAUAAAAAGACGUCUGACAAGUCUGAGUAAUGACUCUGAUGGCAUUCAGAGGCAGCACUGGGUAUUUUAACCAAUCUAAUGGUACUAGACCUGGUUUACCACAACAGUAAGAUACUGCUCAGACGGACGUUUAGGACCAAAUGGCUCAGUACUGAAAUGUCGGUUAUACGAAAUAAGUAUUAUUUAUGUAAUGGAUUAUCAAAUGUGUGUGUUGAUAUAGAUACUUAGCUAAAAGUGUGUUAUUUAGCUUGGUCUGUUUGAUUUCGCCAUGAAGAUGGUGAAAAUAGAAACGUCACACGAAAGGCAAACCUCAAAACAUGAGAUCCACUGUAACAAUGGUAAUCUUUAGACCUGGACUAACAGAUAAAUCUGUUGGAAACUCAUGAGGCUCUAAGAGAAAAGAUACUUGAGCACUGGACGUCAUCUUCCAUCGGUAGCCUCGGACUGAGUGCGGAAGUUGUGACGCCUAGCAUCGCGACGAUGUCGCGCCGGAAGCAAGCCAAGCCACGAGCAGUGAAGAGGGAGGAGGAGUGGGAGCCCGAAUGUGGAGAAGAACAACCAGCAGGCGCUGUGUCUGUAUCAGGGUCUGGGUCUAUAGUUGAAGACAUGAUACCACCCACAACAGGAGGGGAAUGUUCCCCAGUUCAAACCGCCACUGGAUCGUCAUCUUCACCACCACCUUCACUUGUCCGACAGUCUGAUACCGACAUCGCUACCAACAGUAAUCACAAAGGUGAGGAGGAUGAGGAGAAGAUUCCCGUGUCCGUGGCGGAUCCUGGACAACAGUCAGGGGUGCCUCACUAUGACGUCACUCUGGAAGGCCUUCAGUUGGCGCUAAUGGACCGCCAUGACUUCCAAGGUGUGAAUUCAAGAAUCUCAGAGGCGUUCUUAAAUAGUGGUGCCGGUGGCAACGGUGCUGACGCGGCGACGUCCUCGCGUCUUCUCAGCCCUCCUCCCGCCACCUCUUCAGCAGCGACCUUCAUGCCAUGCGAGGCCGACAACAGCCUUGAGUCCGACGCUCUCGGGACCGAUCCGGGAUCAUCGUGGCGCUCAGAGACGCCCGAAGACCAGACGUCUCCCUCCCCUAGUUCCUGUGCUACCCCCAACUCCGCCACGGACGUGCCCGACACCGAAUUAACCUUCACCGUUGGGGUGACUGAAGGGACGCCGUAUGCCUGCCAGUUCUGCGACAAGGCGUUCCCAAGACUCAGUUACCUCAAGAAACAUGAACAGACACACAGUGAUCAGAUGCCGUUCCGUUGCGAAUUCUGCAGCCGACUCUUCAAGCACAAGAGGAGUAGGGACCGCCAUAUUAAACUGCACACGGGCGACAAGAAAUACAGGUGUACGCACUGCGAGGCCGCUUUUUCCAGGAGUGACCACCUGAAGAUUCACAUGAAGACUCACGACAACCAGAAGCCAUUUCAGUGCACGGUGUGCAACAGAGGCUACAACACGGCCGCUGCGCUCACCUCGCACAUGCAAAACCACAAGAAGGACCAGCAACAACAGCAACAACAGAAUGGGCAUAACAACAGCAGUAGCAGUCGCGCUAGUAGCAACAACACGCCGAGUCCUGGCACUGCCUGUCCUUCGUUCCGCUGUCUGCAAUGUGGCGAAACAUUCCGGAAGCCUGAGGAACUGCAGGGCCACAUGAUGACACAGCACAACGUAGAGACAGGUGGUUCACCCCCAGGACCCAUCAGUAGAGGUCUGCUAGGGGGCCUCAUGCUAGGGGAUUCUCCCUUGGUCAGGUCACCCUCCCGACCCCUGCCAUUCCCAACUCCCAAACUGGCGUGCAUAUACUGCACCAAAGACAGCUUUACCACCAUGGAAGCAUUGCAACUGCACGUCCAGGCAAUGCACGGUUCAAUAUUGAAUGGUGACCUACGAGACUUUGCCAGUCUGUCGCAGCAUCAGGCAAGUCCAAGCCCCAGCUUGACGCCUCACCGUCUCCUCACUUCUCCAAAUGAAGGUGGGAGUGGCUCCAGCAAUAACCACACAGUGACUUCAACAACACUCAUGCCUUAUUCCUGUGACCUGUGCACGAUGAGGUUUGGUGCCGUCCAAGGUCUGCAGAAACAUGCUAUUGCUGUGCAUGGCCUAAUGAGUCCAAACAACCUGGGUGUUGGAAAUAAGGACCACCACAAUGAAACAACUGGAUGUACCACUGGUGCUGGUCUCUUCUGUAUCCAGUGCUCUUUAUCAUUCCCAUCAGCUGCUCUGUUCGCCGAGCAUUACGUACUCAUGCACGGUUCCAGUAGCGCAGCUGGAGGUCUCAUGAUUCCAUCCUCUCCAGCUCCUGAACAGCUGAAACCUACAGAUCUCAGCAAGAAGGCACAUCGACAUUCACAGCACCAUGAAGAUAGAUCGCUACCAAAGAAGCAUAAAGCAUCAGUUGAAAAUGCAGCACCGCCAGCAGUCUCUAUGCCAGACACUCCAACUUCUGCAUCAAGUAUGGUGAAUCAGUAUGAACAUCCAGGCACUCUGCUCUGCAACCAAUGUAGUGCCGCUUUGCCUGACUUUGAAUCAUUUCGGACACAUUUGAAGUCUCACUUGGAGGAAGCAGGUGGGCUUCGUGGCUUGCUAGGAGGUGGUUCUGACAUCAUGGGUAUGUUGUCAAGCCAGGACAGCCGAGUAAGCGGUUCUAAGAGCCCAGCCGCCUCUGGGGCUCUAGCAUGCCCGCACUGUGGUGCCAAGUUCUCUGGUGCAGAUGAUCACCAAGCCUUUGAACAACACGUGGCCACACAUUUCAUGGCAACUGCCACAGAGUAUGGCUGUCAGAGCUGCCUCAAACUCUUCCCCAAACCUGAUGAGUUGCAAAAACAUCUGAUGGAUAUCCAUGCUCAUCACCUAUAUCGCUGCUCUUUAUGCAAGGAAAUGUUUGAUUCUAAAGUUGCAAUACAGGUUCACUUUGCAGUGAAGCACAGCAAUGAAUGUAAGCUGUACAGGUGUACUGCAUGCCCUUCAUCAAAUGCAGUGUUUCGUUCAGAGCUUGACUUUGGUCUGCAUGUACGAUCAGCUCAUGCCCCACUUCCUCUGCUAACUGGGACUGCCAAUAAGACCCCAACACAGCAACCCUUUCGCUGCCUGUUCUGUCGCCUGAGCUUUGUCACUGAACUUGAGAUGCAGUUCCAUCUGGCAGCACAUUCAAAGCAGUUUCACUGCCCACUCUGCCAGGAAGCCUUCCACGUUGAGUUCCUGUUGGACAAACACAUGCAGAAGCAUCAUACCUCUCAGGUAAUAACCAGCAAUGGAACAACUUUGGCUGAGAAUCUAACUCAACAACAGAAGUCUCCUAAAAGCAAAACAUCUGGAGUUACACCUUCAUUAACAACACUCAACAGCAACAACAACUCAUCAGGGUCAACAAAUAGUACAAGCCGCAACAGCAACAAUAAUGACAGCAGCAAUAUCAAGAAGGGUGAUCAAACCAACAAUAACUGCUGCUGUGAUAUCUGUGACCGUUGUGAUUUUGGAAGUGAGGUAGAACUCGUGGCUCACCGGAAACUGGUACAUCAUAUCAAACCAGCUGCAGGGAAGAAUGGUGCUGUGAGUCUUCAUUGUGCAUACUGCAGUGAGAAUUGUAAGUCACGCACUGAACUGGAAAACCACAUGAAAACACAUUCACAGGGUAGCAGUGGCUCAGGGAAACACAAGUGUAAUAUAUGUGAUGAGCUGUGUCCCUCAGCUGCCGUCCUUGCCGAACACAAGCUGACACAUUGUAAGGUGAUAUCUGGGAGCAUGUGCACACAGUGUAAAGCUACUCUUGUUAAUGAGGAACAGUUCUACACACAUCUUCAGCAACACAGUUCUAAUAAUAACACCAGUGCUCAAACAAACACAAAUAGUGCACACCAACAGGUGGCGUUACCCACACCAUGUGUUGUCUGCAGGCAAACCCUUAUAUCUAACAUAGAAGUCCGGAUGCAUGCAAGGUUCCACUUAAAGAACUCUGCUGCUCUCACAGCCACAGAGCCCAUGUACCAGUGCUGUCUGUGCUUGAAGCAGUUUGAGAUGCAGAAUCUCAUUGCUGCGGGUGGUAAUAAUGGAGUUGUACCGAGUCUUCAAGGAGCUACGUAUGUGUGCAAGGACUGCUAUCAUUGUCACAGUAAAUCAUCACCAUCACAGCAGCAGCAGCAACAACAACAACAGCAACUGGGACAUACACUUCAGCAACAAGAACAGGCUUUUCGUUGUCCUGAGUGCCAAGUAAAGUUUGAGACCAGCACAGCUCUUGAAGCACAUUUGGUGUCUGUCCACAGGAAGACUUACCAGUGCAUCAAAUGCCAGGUGAGUUUUGAGACAGAGCGUGAGAUACAGAUGCAUGUAGCUACACACCUGCUGACUGAAGGGAGCAGCCAUGAGUGCCAUUUGUGUCGUCGGUUACUAGCCACCCCACUGAAGCUUCAGGCACAUCUCAUAGAGCACACAUUUGCGGGCUGUGGAAGUUUUACCUGCUACCUGUGCAGUGCCGUGUUCACAGCAGCGCAAGGUUUACAGCAACACAUGCUGGAGCACGGCCUGGCCUCAAGACCCUAUGACUGCUCUCGAUGCAGUCUGCGCUUCUUCUUCCGUGCAGAGUUGGACAACCACAGCUACAGUCAUCUUGAAGAGGAUGCAGUUGCUAUGUCAAAUUCCUCAGCAUUAUUGGAUGGAGGAGACAUGGUAAACAAGGCUGCAUACUACCAUCACUUGAAUACAAAUGGAGUUUAUGAUUCUUCCAAUCCAGACAUGCAUUACUACAAGACAUUAGUUCAAGAAUCUUCCAAACAGCAAAGACACAAAAGCAAUAAAAGCCAUAGCAGUAAAGGAGUUGGCAUGUUGAAAUGUUUGGAAUGUAACAAAGAAUUCAGCAGCAUUUUAGGCCUGCAGACUCAUCAGCGGCAUCACAAGCAUGCAUCAAGCACAAGUAAAAGAGUUUAUAGUUGUAACGAAUGUGGAAAAGAAUUUGGGAUGGCAAGAAAUCUUAGUGUUCACAUGCGAUCACAUCAUGAAGACCAGAACAGUGUAGAGCGAGCCUCUGAAGACAUGAAUACUGCUUCAGAAGAACACUAUCACUCAGAUGGAAACAAGCAAGGAUCUCCUCAUGCCUGUCCACUCUGUCAUAAAGAUUUCCCUGAUAUCGACACCCUAGAUGCACAUAUAACAUUACAGCACUUUCGUUGUCCACAGUGCGGUGAAGCAUUUGUACGUCAGCGUCAUGUUGCUGAUCACGUGAGGAAAGUGCAUUCAGUUGAUGAUGAUCUGUGUAAUACUGGAGAUCAUUUGUCAACACAAAUAAAUUCACCAGAAAUGAAACAAGAGCCAGUUACAAUUAAAGAGGAGAAUGAAGACGAAAACAUUGAUGUCUCAUCAUUGACUCCCACAGCAGAUCAGCAAUAUGUUGGAUCCCCUGAGCACCAUGGUGAAGAACAGCCAGACAGUUGUGUGACAAAUGCACAAAAUAAUGAAACAGUGCACAUGAGCAUUGACAGUCAUUCCUCUUCUCCAGAUGCUUCACAGCCAAGCAAUAGUAUUAACCAUGUUGAUGGAACAAGCUUAUCUCCAGCACCAUCAGUAGAUGGUGAUAAUGCUCACUAAGGCUUUAAAUUUUUGCAUAGGUGGUGGUUUGUCAGGUGACCUAUAAGAUAAAAAUAACUCAUUAACAUUUUAAAUAAAAACAUUUACUAUAAAUUCAUUCAUAAGGAGUUAAUGAAUAGAAAUACUUGCUUCCAAGUUUAAAGCCUUUUCACAGAAUGCAAAUGAGCUUUUGUUUUGUUUUAUUUAUUUUUGUACCAAUAAACUUGGUAAACAUCUCAUGUUUAAGAAUCUAAGAAAUCAUAUAAGUGGUGAAAGCUCAAGAAUAUUGUUCAAAAGUACAGUACAAAAUGUACAGUAUAUUGUCAUAAUAAUGAAAUUUAAAAGUCAAGGAUGGGGAUUUAAUAACUGGACAACGUUUUAUGUCAUUUGAUAGAAUUGCAGUCACUUUAAAGGUUUAGUCUUAGCAAAUGGAAAAGGUGACAUUUUUCCAUCCACACAUCAGGUUGUAAUUUUCCUGCAUUAACAUUUCAGUUUCUGCAGUUAUCUGUACCAAUAAUUUCACAGAAGUAAUUUUGACAAGGAGGGAACAGGAAUGGCAAAUAAUAUACAUAUUUGCUCAUACUACAAAGCAGAAUAGAAUAUUAAUUCAUAAUGCCAGAGCAAGAUAAUUAGAUUCUCUAUCACUUCAUGAAUAUUACCAUAUUAUACAACAGAUUUGGGCAAAUCACUUUAAAAUAUGGGCUGGGUGAAGGGAGCUAGCUGUCCUUUCAGAAGUGCACUAGUGGGUAAAUCUUUCCAUUUGCAUGUUUUAAUUUCUGCAGAUUCAGACCCUUCACACUCGAUGGAUAUUUAUAAGUGUUUAUAUAUUUUGUUAUUCUUACAUUUCCAUAAGUGGUUUAUAUACUGCAAUAGACAGUAGAUUUUAUCUGUUUUGCUCACAGCAUCAAAUAAUAUAAUCAUAUACAGAAAGAAGAUUAAAUUUUGAGGAAUUUUACAAAUUCACAGUGUUUCUCUAAGCAUCACGUGAGAAAUAUUUUCUGCAAUAUGAAUGUAUUUCAUAGUUCUGAUUUACUUACAGCAUUAUAUUAAUAAUGAUACACAUUUUUCAUUGAGGCUAUCAGUAACGCAAAUAGGCACAGGUCUCUGCCACCCAUUAUUUUUUUGUUUGUGAUUUAUAUAUAAUGAUACUUUCAGUAGUUCAGACUGUAUAGUGUCAAUCUGUUGUACAUAAUGCACAUUCCGUUGUACAUAAUGUGCACUUCUAUAUGAUAUAUGCAGAAUAUGCGAAAAUAUUCAGAAUUUAACUCGUUAGAUAUGUUGAGCCAGGGUGCCAAGAUGGGGGACAAUAUCACUGUAAAUAGAACAGUAAGCAUAUCACCAAACUUGUUAAAUUUCGUGUUUUUCCAGUAGGUCUCAGACUUCUGUUGAAAACUUUGUUCUGAUGUUUUCUGUAGCUCACUCCAAUCAGCCCUACCUGAUCUGCAGUACUAUCUGAGACAUUAAUAUUUAAUUAUAGUAAAUUUAUAGUUUGAAGUAAUGAAAUUGAGCCUACUCCAAUUGCUGUCUGUUACGCAGUUCCUUCCAGUCCGGUGACUUGCCAUUCAACAAUUUAUUUACUGCAGGACGCUUUAUCUUGAUGGUAACAUUGUCCUAUAGCUGCAAUGUUAUAAUAUAUCCACAAUUUAAAAGUAAUUUGAAACCCGCCCACUAAAAUAAUUUACCGACUUACUGUAACUUUGAAAUGACUGUACGUAACAUUUCACUAUAAAUCCAGAUAUAAUUGCAUGCACAGAUUUAUUGUUCUGACUGUUCAAAGUAAAUGUUCAAAUGGAUGACAUGUAUUACAACAUUAUGGGUUGCCCCUACUUUAUCUACCUUCUGGGUAGCUCGCUCAAUUUUUGGGAAGUGGUUAUUUUCAGUAUUCUUGUUCUGUGUAGAUAAAUGAUUGUUUAGUGAGAUGGGAAAUUUUGUUUCACACUUCGUUUUUGUGUGAACAGAAAAGGAUGGAUGAAUUAUUCGUAAUCUUGGAACACAUGAGUUUCUACAGUUUCGUGUUAUAAAAUUGUAUCUAAUGGCUUGAAAGUUGUCACACGAACAUUUGUUUCCAAUCAUUUGUUAUUUUAUUUGUAAUUUUGUUGAGGGAAAUUAUAUUUAGAUGCAUAUAAUUACAUUAAAAAUCAGUAUGUUACUAGUAAAUAUGUAAAUAAUAGUAUUACUUAGAAGCACUGAAUUCUUAAAAAUGUUUAUUAAAUUUAAAAAAGAUAUAUAUAUAUAUAUAUUACUAUAUGAAGUAUAUGGGGUGGCCAGAUUUUUCAUGUAGGGACCAAAAAUGGUUAAAGAUGGUAGUGUGUUUGUUAUAAUUCCUUCUAUUUAUAAUAUUUUGAAGGGAAAUGUGGAGAAAAUGUGAAGAAAAGUUAAAUGUUUUCAGAUUCAUAUCUAUGCACAUUCCUGUCCUCCGUGACAAUUUAAAUUAUUUUAUUCUUAUUGUCAUUAUUAUUGUUAUUACAAAAACGUUUUUGUUUAUAGCUGGGGCAUUUUUUUUGGGAAAUAUACAAGUAGUUAAAAUUUUGCGGAUGAAAAAUUUUGAACACGAUUCUAUGUUUUUGUAUGUUGAUUAUUCCCAAGCCUUUGAGGUUGUUGUGUAGUUUUUGAAUGGAACUUCCCACCUAAUAUAUAUAUAUAACCCACUCCCUCACACACAUGCAGUAGAUAUUUAUAUUCACUGAACAACGAGAACAAAAUGGGGACAAUUGUUUUAAUGACGGUGAGGAGGUUCCAUAACUUUUGUUUAAUUGAAAAAGCCAAAGUAUAACAAUAAUAAAGUUUUAUGUAAAGUGAACUAUGUUAACUUCCA